AUGUUACUAAUAUUCGUUGCUUUUGCUCAUAUAGUUUGUGUGAUAGUUUUAAGUUUUAUGGUAAUGAAUUAUAGUUCAGAAAAAUCUUAUAUAUUAAAUACCUCACCACUGAAUUAUUCUCAUCAAAACAUAACAAUAACAGGAUUUAAUCUUACGGGACUAAAUUAUGAGAAUGAGUGUGGAGACAUCUUUAAAUACCCAAAAGCCACAGAACGUGACGUGAUAUUAUUUUCAUAUGGACACUCAAGAAAAUGGAAACGCAAUAAGAAAAGUAUGAGAUUUGCCUUUUCUUUAGUAAGAAAAGUAUUACCUAAGGUUACGUUAGUAAUGUUGACAGUGGGAAAAGUACCACCAGAUUUUAUACAAUUAAUGAAUGAGUUCAAUGUGACUAUUGUCCCAUCCCCAAAACAAUUCUUAAAAGGAUGGAAUUGUGUUAAUGCAAGAAUUCCAUUGAGUUUAGAAUAUCUUAAACAACACAAAAAUGACAUUGAUCGAGUUGCAUGGUCAGACACUCGUGAUGUUUUUUAUUUUAAUGACAUUUUUGCAACAGUAGGGAUGAAUGAUUUAGUAUGGAUGAGUGAAUGCGUUUCACCAACUGACUGUUUUAGGCAUUCAACAACAGGGCAAAAGUUACAUUUUUAUUGGAUGUGGUGGUUUUAUGGAAGAGACGAAGCACUCAAACUAACACAGUACAACACCCCCACUUUGAAUGGAGGAUUUGGGAUUGGAGGUGUAUCAAGAAUGAUUCAGUUAUUAACAAAAUUAACUCAAGAAAUGGAUCCUAAAUUUACUUUUCAAUGGGGAUAUGACCAAACGCUAUUGAACUAUCUUUAUUAUAAAGGUGAAUUAAUAGACAUUGGUUUAGGUGUUGAUAGAUGUACACAAAGAAUGUGCUUUGCCAAUAAGUUAAAUAUUAUUGGAUAUGGAAAACACACAACCUUUUCUAUGAAGGGGUCUUCUUGUGCACCAGUUUUACUUCACAAAGGACUGCCGUCUCGGUUGAUGGAAAUGACCAUAACUUAUAGAUAG